CAAGCCUCGUGUUGUUGUUUCCAAAUAUCGCUCCGCCAAAUUUUGUUAGUGCAAGAAUAGGCAUCAAAAAUGGACUUCAUCGAUAAGGAGGGACUUAAAGGUAUCCUACAGAAGGGGAUGACUGUAGAGGCAAUUUAUAUUGCGCCACCGGAACCUGCUGUCCUGACUGAUGAAGAUUGUGGAGACGAGGACGAAGUAGGGGACCUAGAUCAUUUGAGCAAACGUCAGUUACUUGCAGAAGCUGAAGUUAGAUUUGCUGGAGGAGUGACGUUAGAAGAUACUCAUCCCGAACAUACAGACUCUAAUGGGAAUGGUUCUUCGUCAAAAGAGGGUUCAACUCCAGCUGAUAUGGUAUACCCACAGACUUCUGAUACUCGGGAGUGGAUUUCGGGAGACUUCACUUACAACAAACGGCCAUUUCCUGAAGCACAUUACUCACCAUUUAAAAACAAAUCAGUUGUACAUAUAUUUGAAAUGUUUAUAGACAACGACGUAAUACUAUUCCUAGUGCAAGAAACUAACAAAUAUACCCUUUUCAAAAACCUACCGGACCCAAGAGUGUCUCAAGAGGAAAUGAAAUGUUUCAUCGGUAUAUUACUUAUUAGCGGUUAUAACGAUCUGCCCAAAGAGGAUCUAUCAUUUAGAGAGAGCAUGGUCAAAUAUUACGGUAAACAUAGCUGUAAACAGUUUUCGAGUGGCAAACCUAUAAGAUUCCGCUAUAAGGUUUGGUGUCUGAACACCACAAUGGGCUAUUUGGUCGAUUUUGAAAUAUACCAAGGAAAAUCGGUUACACCUGAUAGCGUAAUAGAAAGGAACUUCGGAAAAGCGGCAGCACCUUUGGUGAAAAUGCUAGAAGGGCUACCCGAUAAUAUCAAGUCCUUUCCAAUCUCAUUUUAUUUUGAUAAUUUAUUCACUUCCUUUAGUUUGUUGUCGUACCUGUGCUUGAAAGGAUAUGGAGGAACAGGGACUAUGAGAGAUAACCGUAUACCUAAGGGCUGUCUGUUAUUGGAUAAGAAACAUCUGCAGAAAAGGGAAAAGGGGUAUUUUGAAAAUGUAAUCAGCAGGACUGAUGGUGUACUAGUAGCAAAGUGGGUCGACAACUCUGUUGUUUCUAUUGCUACAAACAAGUAUGGCGUUACUCCUGCGACAAACGUCAAACGAUAUUCGCAGAAGGAAAAGAAGCACAUACAAGUAGAGUAA